CUCGUCUUCCAACCUCCGCUGUGUCCGCCAUCCAUAAAAGCAUCAUGCCGGUCGUCACUGAGAACACGCCACCUCGGUCGGGUCAAGGAACUCCCCCUGAUGACCACGGACGAGCAGACACGACAACUGAGGCGGCCAUGCAUGCCGACGGCAAGCCGGGCAGCGAUACGGCCGUGAAUGCAGCUGCUGGGCCGCCGGGGCCCGUCGUAACCAUUCCUCACACACUCACCAAGGACACGCGAAAGAGCCCCAAGCACCCCUCGUCGAUGGCGCCCAUCCGAUACAAGCAGAUUGGUAAGCAAAGGGGAGUCUCAGUUUGUGUGCUGGUAAUACGUCAUCUCUCUCUCUCUCUCUCUCUGUCUGCUUCUCUGUUUGUGUGUGUGUGUGUGUGUGUGUGUGUGUGUCUUUUUAUGUCCGCCGUGCUGCGACUACAGGGGAGGGCAAGUACAUCAGCUGCCGCCCUGCAGUCGUCCACUUCUGCGGCUUCACUGUCGGCAAGGUCCAUUCGCAGCGUGUGGAGGUGCUCAACACGUCCAAGCACCCCAGGAGGGUCAAUAUUCUCAACCCAUCCGGGCAUAACUUCUCUGUGCAUUUCGACAAGAAAGGCGUCGUGGCACCCGGGAUUGCGGAGGUGCUGCGAGUCGACUUUGCCCCGACCGAGUACUGCUAUCAUCAUGACGAGAUUCGGGUCCAGACGGAGGCUGGGGGGCUCCUCAUCCCUCUGCAUGCUUACCCGGCCUUCGUCCCGGUCGAGGUACCUCGGUUCGUCGACUUCGGAAGGGUGGCUGUCGGCGAAAAGAGGAAGAGACGUGUGCCGCUGCGGUGUGACGUGCCUGUGGAGUUCGAGUACGGUCUGACGGUCGUCUGCCCAUCCAUCGACAUUCACAUUGUCAAGCCCGCAGAUAUGAAAGGUAGACGGACGAUACGAGCCGAGAAGAGCCGAGUUGGGACACAACACAAGUCACUACAGUCCGCCUUUGUCUCCUUACGUCUGCAGGCACCAUCCCAGCAAGUGGCACAGCGGAGAUUGUGCUGUCGUACAAGCCCUCUCAGCUGGGCACCUCUCGCCUCGAGUUUCAGCUGGACAUCGCCCAGCUGUCCUUCGAGCCCCUGCUGAUCGCCGCCUGCGGCUCAUGCCACCCAGGGGUCGUUCGCGACCGGCGCGUGCAGGAGGGGCUGCAGACGAUGCAGAUGCAGACUGAGCAGAGACUGAUAGACCAAUACGAGGUGCCAUGGAGAGAAAGGAGUAGCACGAAGAGACAUGGAUCUUAUUGUCGUCGACUUCAUAUGAUGAGCGCAGGAGCGAGCACAGGCGUUGAUGAGUAGCGUGGACAGGCCCCCCAUGGCCGUGUCGCCCCCCCGACGCCCCUCCCCGCCCCCCGACCGCAAGAUAGCCGGGAUCCGCGUGCCCGUGACGGGCGGCACCAGCACCGCAGCCACAAACUUUGUCCUCAACCAGACGGCGGGCAAGAUUCCUCUGCGUGACCUGCCUUUGCUCAUGGCCGAGCAGCGUGCGAUACAGGAGAGGCGGCGUUGCAGGAUGGAGGCCAGUGGAGGGGAUAUGCUCGGCGAAGAGGACGAAACACAGGAAGAAGACUACGAUUCUGAGGACGCCAAACAGGUGGGCGCCCCAGCUGGAAAUGUAUAAGACUUCUAUUAUUCGUUCAUUUGUGGUGAUUUGCGUGGUGUAGGCUCGCGAGAUGCGCUUCGACCUUCAGUGGCGUGGCGUGCAGGAGGCCGAUAAGGCCAAAGCACUCAAGACGGGCGUCUUCAUAGGCGAGCUGCCGCCUACAGAAGACACACAAUCACGCAUACGCAAUGCACAGGAGAAGAGCUUGCAAGAUGCCCUGGAGAAAAGGCUGCAGGUCGGCCGAACUGCGCGAGACACGGCAUGGCCAGCCGCACAUAGCACAACUGUGUGUGUCUGUUACGCCUAUUCAUGCAGGCGGACAUAGGUCGCACGCAGACCGAGGUGUCCUCCCAGGCCGUUGUGACCAUCGGUGGCUUCACCGAGCGCAUCCGCCGUACCCAGCCCCCCACAUGGGACGAGCACCACACCAACAGCUUCCCUCUUAGACUGCAGGUGAGACGUGCACACAGACACACACACGCUCCUCAUUAACCGGCGCGUAUCAGGUGAUCGAUCGCUUUCUGAGGGCGGCGACGAAGAUUGUGAUGCGCACUCGGGCAGGGAGGCGGCUGCGGCGCCUUCAACACGAGCUUCGGCAGAACCACGUCACCAAUCGGGCGACCUGCCGAGAGUGGGUGGAGUCGGAGACCAAGGCCGCCCUCACGGGCACCAGCAAACGGGACCAGCAGAAACGCGACAGCACUGCGAGCCAGGCAGCAAGUGCGGCGCCGUCGUCAGGCGUCCCCACUCUCGAGAUUGGUCCGCAUCUGGUGUUGCCAGAGCGGUUUCCCAUCUUCUUUACACAAGGGGCGAGCAACACGGCGGCAGCAAAAGGCAAAGGGAAGGAGAAAGGGACCGCGGCCUCAUCGUCGAGCAGCAGCAGCGGCUACGCCAUACUCGAGCCAGUGGACGUCGAGCCCAUUGAUGCCUAUGACUCCUGGGAGCCGAUCGAGCCGAAACCGCGUCUCGACUUCGAAGUCAUGGCCUUGCGGAGCGUUCCCGCCCCUCCUGCCGCCAGCUAUCUCCGUCUGCAGCCCGACAGACAUCCGCUAGAUGGUGCCCUGGAGGAGAGGGGCGUGAGGGGGCCGCGAGGAGCCAUCGAUGAUGGGGCUGAGGAGCCGAUGGCGUUGUCAGAAGAAUGCCUGCUGCCGUUGGAGCAUGACCCUGUGCAGUUGCUGUUGCCGAGGCUGCAGGAGGGGCAGCCACAGAUAGAGCUGCCCACAUGCCCUGAGACCAGCAUCGAAUAUCGACUGCAACAGGUAGGUAGGGAGACACGAGACGCAACCUGCCUUUGAGCGUGUCUCAUCCAUCCAUCCACUGGCGAGACGUGUGUGCAAUCGAUGCAGCCGGUGCCCCUCCGCCACCCGCCCAGACAUGCCCCCCUGCUCCCCAGCUACCUCAACGUGGCUGACCCAUUCCUCUCCGACAUGCACCGACACAGCCGCUCACUCUGCCAGGACUUUGUCGACGACAUCUUCGGCGCAAACAGCUGCCCAGCCGGCGGGAUCGGCUGGGCGGGCAGCGGAGGGGCGGCACCGGAUGUCAUACGGGGCGACAGAGUCGACUGGCUGCCCCAGGGAGGGCUCGAUCGUGACGCGUUGAGCGACACAGAUUCGGACGGCAGGGACGAGGAGUUUGAUGUGAGUGCGCCCGAGCAUGGGACGUAUAUGAAGGAUUAUGUGGCUCAAGACCCGCCCCCGAAGCCGCGCUUCAAGGAGGGGAUUGAUAGCAUGUGGGUGCGGUCGAUGGCUGCAGUGGACGGCAAGCUUGAUGUUCAUUUGGAGGAGACUGCCAAUGUGAUGAAGGAGAGGUGAGUGGGCUGCGUGUCGGAGGCCUGUGUGGUGCUGGUGGAUUCUUUCGCCUGUGUGUGUGUGUGUGUGUGUGUGUGUGUAGGUUGGCGUCUCUGAAUGAAGAGCUGCCUGCAGCGAAGAAGCUGACAUUAGCGUGACAGACGAGCUCAAGUGCGUCGUGUUUGCCUCCCUG